ACAGGAAGUAAAUACGUCAACGUUAUGAGAAAAUAUUCAAAUAAUUUUUGAUCAGCCUGGAUAGCUUUAUAGUGGAGAAAUUUUCUUAUCCUAUUCAUACACAAGCUGCUGUGGAAGUCAGCUGAUAAGUCAGCAGGUUACACUUCCUUUCAUUCUGAUCCUGAAUUUUGAGCACUGAACAGUUUGCAUUCAUUCACCCUACGCGUCCUGCAGCCUUUCUGCACACAGGAUGAGUAUGAAUGACUUUGCUGUCCUCAGCACUGGGCGAAAGAUGCCCCUUGUGGGACUUGGGACGUGGAAGAGUGAACCUGGACAGGUAAAACAGGCAGUCAUUUGGGCAUUGCAAACUGGCUAUCGGCAUAUUGACUGUGCUCCCAUUUAUGCGAACGAGCCAGAGAUCGGUGAAGCUUUCCAGGAAGUGAUGGGGCCUGAAAAAGGAAUAAGGCGAGAGGAUGUAUUUGUGACCUCCAAACUGUGGAACACAAAACACCACCCAGAUGACGUGGAGCCAUCUCUAUUAAAGACCUUGAAAGACCUGAAGCUGGAGUACCUGGACCUCUACCUCAUCCAUUGGCCAUAUGCCUUCCAACGAGGUGAUACCUCUUUUCCCAGGAAGGAGGAUGGAACCUUGCUGUAUGAUGAUAUAGACUACAAGCUUACAUGGGCUGCUAUGGAAAAACUUGUGGGAAAGGGCCUUGUCAGGGCCAUUGGACUCUCAAACUUCAACAGCAGGCAGAUCGAUGACAUCUUAUCAGUUGCAAGCAUCAAACCCUCCGUUUUGCAGGUGGAGUCCCAUCCAUACCUUGCACAGGUUGAGCUGUUGGCUCACUGCCGGGAUCGGGGUUUAGUGAUGACUGCCUACAGUCCGCUAGGAUCUCCUGACCGAGCCUGGAAGCAUCCAGAGGAGCCUGUGCUGUUGGAAGAACCAGCCAUUGCUGCACUAGCCAAGAAAUACAACAAGACUCCUGCACAAAUUAUCAUCAGGUGGCAAACUCAACGAGGAGUAGUGACCAUCCCAAAGAGCAUUACACAGUCUCGGAUCAAAGAGAAUAUCCAGGUGUUUGAUUUUACUCUUGAAACUGAGGAAAUGAGUGAAGUGACAACAUUGCACAGAGGCUGGCGUUACAUUGUGCCAACCAUUACUGUCGAUGGUAAGUCUGUACCCCGGGAUGCAGGACAUCCUCACUACCCUUUUAAUGACCCCUAUUAAUGCGCACUUCUGCAAGAUUCUGUGCCUUGAAACCAAUGUCCAUUCAUUACUCUGUGUACUUAUAAACACAAUAAAAAUUUUGUUACAUAUCGAAA